AUGCUGAUAAAAGCAAAGGGGUCCCCCUUGAUAUCGUCUCUUCUCACGGCCUUCCUCUUCGUCGCCGCCCUUCCUGCCGCCCUCGCGCUCCAGGACAACCUCGCGGGCAUCGUUGACUGGCACAAGCCUUAUAUUGGGCAGCCAUUGUUGACCCCGACGCCGCCUCUGUAUAUCGAGCGCACAAACUUUUCAGGUGGAAGAGUCGCUCUGAUAACAAAAAACAAUGUUUUGGCAGCAAUCAAUGCCGAGAACGGAGACAUAGCUUGGAGACAAAAGCUGGAAGACAAUGACCCUGUAGUGUCAUUCCACGUUCAAGAUGACACCAUUCUACUCCUUUCCGGCCCAAGCGCGUCCUCGGCUCGUCUCUUCUCCCUCUCCACCGGCCACCUCCUCUGGCACUACCCUCUCCUUCCUCCCGCCACCUCUCAGCUGAGCACACCGGUCCAUCUCGGUACCGAUGCUGCGUUUGUACCCCAACAAGAGGACGGCGCGCCCGCUACCUGGGUGAUACUAUCCGACGGACGACGCGUUACGAGACUGAGGCAUGACAACGGUCAAAUCUUCUGGAGCAUGGACUCUCCCAGUGCUGGUUCCAACAUGGUGUUCAAACAAAUCCGGCCUUCCGGCAACUCUAUCCAUAUCCUCGCCCUGCACUAUUCUUUCGCCGUCCAAAGCUUGCUCACGUCGACUAUCGCUUUGGACAGUCCCAUUCCCCGAGGCGAUUUUGGCCAAGUGCCUUCUAUCGUCCAGAUCCCCGAACAAGCUAUGAUCGCUUCCUCUGCCGAACCUGGAGGGGCACAGGUGGUGUGGUUUGAGCAUGGAAGAAUCAGAAGCCUGCUCGUGCACGAAGACGGGUCGCUUGGGCAGAUCAAAGACUUGCUCCCUGGUAAUGGCAGGCAUUACGCAUCCAUCAUCGACGUCGGGCUACGAGAGCAGGGAAUCGUUCUUGGAAAGCGUGAAGACGGGGGUGUCGAGGUGCUAGAUGUAAAGGAAGGGAAGAAGAUUGAGGAGUUUGAGCUGUCAGCAGAUGCGGCUGAGCGAUCCGAGUCUGUCUACUCUGGCACAGUCACCGAAAACGGCGUCAUCGUCAACCGGGUAUACUGGUCAUUCUCUAUGAGUAUCGCUGUUGCCCAGACAAUCGACAUUCCCUACCUCACCUCCACCGAUGUCAUCACCUCCGGCUUCACCUUCCCCUACGACGACCUCUCUCAUGGGGUUCUCCUCCAUGCCGCCGUCUCUCCCUCGCUCGACGCCAAGCAUUUGCCCUCUCUCGUCUUGACCACCUCGGCAUCUGCCAUCCUUCGCUCCCAAUUUGACUCGCUUCCUCUCUGGGUCAGGGAAGAAGCACUUGCAGACGUGGUCGCCGCCAAAUUCGUCGACUUGGGCGAACCUGAGGUUGAAGAAGUACGGGAGAUCCUUGGAGAAGAGUCUUUCGUAGGCCGGUCUGUCAGGCACCUCGAAGCGCUCAAAGACCUUCCUGGCUACCUGAUCAACUUUGCCAAAAGGCUCACAGGCGCGUCCUACUCUUCUGCGCUCCAUCUUACCCCUCUCAACAAGAACCGACUCCACCGCGACCAAUUCGGUCUCCAAAAGCUGCUUGUAGUUGGCACUGCCAAUGGCAAGCUUGUGGCCCUUGAUUCAUCCAACGGACAAAGUGUUUGGUCAGUGAAUGUUGGGCUUAUAACCAAAGAGGGAUCGGAGAUUCAGGUUGAAACAGUAGACCUGGUCAAAGAAGGCGAAACGGAUUCGCCGAUCCUGGGCGUGGUUGCCACUCAGUUUACGAAAACGCGCUCCUUUACCGUUGCUUUCCACGUGGAAGCAUACACGGGCAAAGUCUUGGGCGAUGUGCAUCCCACCACAGGCCUUCCCAAGGGAACUUAUCUGUUUGAAGGAGUCGUCAAGGAGGUCUUUGCGACAAUCUACAAGAACUGUGGGAGUGGUAUCAGGGUGCUGGGUCUGGUCAAUGAGAAGGACGAGGUAUCCAUUUGGCCAGGCUGCAAGACAGUGGUGGGUCAGAUCGCCGAGGGCGGAAAGCCGUUCUACACCACCAUCUCAACAAACCUUGACGGCGCCGUCCUCAAGGGAUAUGUUCUCGCUGGACCAAAGGCUCCCGAAAGCACUUCUGCCUUUACCUCCACGCUCUUGUGGUCUCGUCCUUUCACAGAGCACGAGCGGAUAAUCGAUUCGAAACCUCUCCAGCCCUCCGCCAUCGCCUCUUUUGGCCGCGUCCUCGGCGACAAGUCUACCCUUUACAAAUACCUCAACCCCCAUCUUCUCGUUGUUUCUACAUUCACGCCUUCUUCCCCUAAAGCUCUUAACCCUCUGCAAGCGGGUGAACCUGUCGGACAGGGGAAGGUAUAUGUGGUGGACAGUGUCUCUGGGGAGGUGGUAUAUGAGACAGCUAUAGAGGGCGUGAAGGAACGAGGGGGAGUCAAGGUUGCCAUGGUGGAGAACUGGCUGGUGUAUUCGUGGCUGAGUGAAGGAGGAUGGAGGAUCGCGAGUGUGGAGAUCUACGAAGAUGCGGACAAGGGUGUUACUAGUCCAGCCCUGUCGACAUUUGAAGCUCACAAGAUUCAAGUGUUUGCUCAGACUUUCAUCAUUCCCACCGCAAUCAAAACCUUGGGCUUUACUACAUCCAAAGCCGGGAUUACGCCCAAAGAGCUCAUCAUUAUCAAUGACCGCAAUCAAAUCACAUCUGUCGCCCGCCGUCUUCUUGACCCCCGUCGUCCUGUAGGAAAACCAUCCUCGCGUGACAAGGAAGAGUUCCUCAUCUCCUACGACCCCCUCAUCCCUAUCGACACCCGGAAAGUCAUCUCCCACGUCUACCCACUCCAAGGCAUCACCAAUAUCCUCUCCUCCCCCGCUCUUGUCGAAUCGACAGGACUUGUAUUCGGAUGGGGGCAAGAUUUGUUCUUGACUCGUGGUUUGACGCCAGCCGGGACGUUUGACAUCUUGUCAGAUAGCUUCAACAAGGCGCAGUUGCUGUUGACAUUGGGGGCGUUGAGUGCGGGGAUCAUGGUGGCGCGGCCAGCGGUGAUGAGAAAGAUGUUGAGGAUGAGGUGGCAUUGA